AUCAACUGGUCCAAACUCUCACCGGCGCGGGAGGCAGAUACUGCACAUAGUCAUCGCGCGUAUCCGCUGUCAUCCUCCGUGGUACUCUGUGCGGUACUCGUGAACAUCCGGACGGCUCAUAUAUAUGUAUACUCGGGGAAAGAACUUCGCGAAAAAGUUCAAGAAAGUCAUGGAAAUCUAGGAAACCAUCAUUGACGGCGCAUUCAUUUUGCUUGUGAGACGGAAUCUAUCGAGCUGACUCCCAGGUCACCGAGGGUGUGGUACAAAGAUAACACGCGACUUCCGUCACGCGCCGAUAAGGGGGGCCCAGUGAGUCGCGUUCAUGCACUGAGAAAGGUGGGUCUGAAGAAAAAAAAGGAUUAUUCUUCUGAUCCAUGCAGAGAAUCAUUGACGAGGACGACGAAUCAACUAGGCCAUCUCGCACCAGUCAUACUGCAGUUCGUGUUCGAACCUCCUGAGACUGGUGGCUCAGUCAGGUUAAACAAAGACACCUAUCUCUGAUAGGAAGUUCAUUUCCCUUCGACCGAGACACUAAAAAAAGAGAAGGAUGGCGAACCUGGGCAAUUUAGAGCAGCAGAUCUCAAGCUUGCAGAUCGGCGAUGAGGCGGCCAAGGGUGCUGUCAAGCCUGGCAAGAAGGUCGGACCUGCGGUACCGCCGAAGCCGAAAAAAUCUCAACCUCAGAUACCGCAAAGUUAUACCAUAAAGACUCCUCCUGUGCCAUCAUACAGCACAGUCCUUAAUAAUACAUCCAGCGACAAGACCUCAAAUUUAUACAUGAACGCACCCUCGCCGUACGUCCCACUGGAUAUAAAGAAUGACUUUUCACAGAUGACACCUGCGAAUGGCAAGGAAGCGUCAAAGAUUUAUCAGAACAAUGACAAUUUAUACACUCGUCAGCCAGAGGAGAAGUUUGAACCGAAGUACAGAUACGACGAAAAGAAUUAUUACUCUAAUAUAGGGAACAUGCCGGCACCUCAGGUACCUGUGGCGGAAGAUCGUGCGAGCAGGGCAACCAGAAACGCAGUAUACAGUAACAUAGAACCGCCAGUAGGCUCCACUUAUGAGUAUGUUCCAUACGAAAUGGAGAAAGAAAUUAUAUACAGCAACAUUCAGUGGAAUCCUAAAACAGAGAAUACAUAUUGUAACGUUCCUGCUACACAUGGAGCUGACGAUUUGCCACCUCCGCCUGAGCCGUCAGAGUAUGUUUCCUGCGUACCUGGGAAUUCGUUUCCACCGCCACCCGAUGAGCUGCCUCCACCACCGAGUCCCGUCUCAUCGAGUUACAGUGAGUUGAGACGUGCUACUUACCAGACGGAUUUUCCAUCAGGCAACUAUCCCGCUGAUAUCUAUGGCCCGAGUUCUCAGUCCAGCUCAACAUACGAAUCCAUAUAUGAGCCGAUUAAUCCCAGACCACCAUCGCAAUUGUCAUGUAAUUAUUCCAUGUACUCCGGCUAUGGGUCGGCUACGUCUACUCAGCCGCAGGGCAAAGUGUCUCCCGUUAAAGAAGUCGACGUUCUUACGGAUCUGUUAGUUCAAGGAAUGGAAGAUAAUAAUGAAGACAGUGAUAUAUAUGGCAUCUGUGCGCAAUGCGGGCGCAAAGUAGAGGGAGAAGGAACCGGAUGCUCGGCGAUGGAUAAAGUCUUUCACAUAAGUUGUUUCUGCUGCUUCGUUUGCAAGGUCAAUCUACAAGGAAAACCUUUCUACUCAUUGGAAGGUAAACCUUAUUGCGAGGAGGAUUACCUCAAUACUCUGGAAAAGUGCUGCGUUUGUACUAGACCGAUAUUGGACCGAAUAUUGAGAGCUACUGGCAAACCAUAUCAUCCUUCGUGCUUCACCUGCGUUGUCUGUGGACAAAGUCUUGAUGGUAUACCGUUCACUGUGGACGCAACGAAUCAAAUACACUGCAUUCAGUGUUUCCACAAGAAAUUUGCUCCACGUUGCUGCGUCUGUAAACUACCUAUAAUGCCCGAGCCUGGUCAGGAAGAGACCAUACGAGUGGUAGCACUAGAUCGCAGUUUCCAUAUUCAAUGCUAUAAGUGUGAGGAUUGUGGAUUAGUAUUAUCAUCCGACUCGGAGGGACGUGGCUGCUAUCCCCUAGACGAUCACAUCUUGUGUAAAAGUUGCAACGCUACCCGUGUCCAAGCCUUAACGUCUCAUAUGACGACCGAAUUAUAAAUAUAUAGACGCGACAGCUUAUAUAAUUUGUUGAAACUUCGAGAAUAUGAAUGAAAUGUUAAAUCAAGUAUCGUGAUUAACUGUAGCGAUAUAAGUACCGUUAUGCAAAGUGUUUCUUAAUAAUGCC